UUCAAGUGGUAAAACGUACCGGUUUUUGAAGAAUAUACCUUUUAAGAUCUUUAUUCUAAAAUUCUAUAUAAAGGUGCGGUUUUGAAAAAAAUAUUAUAAGAUUGUGAAAUAUUGACAAAUCACCGGAUUAAAAAAAAAAAACAACAACAAGAAAUCUAAUAAUGGAUCAAUAAAUUUUUAAAAGUGAUAUUGACCAAAAAAAAAAACAAACAAAUAAAAAAUUGAACUGUGAAAAAAUCAAAUGAUUUUUUGAAAAACAUCAAGUUAUAAAUUUUAUAUUAGACUUAUUAUUUUUGAUAGUCACGGAAGUUAAAUAGACAACAUGACUAAAGAGCAAACAACCACCCCUUCGGGUACAAUUCCCGAAGAAUUGUAUAACUUAACCCAAUUAGCCGAAGUAACACUUGCUGCAGGACGCCUUAGUACAACAAACAUUACAGAAAUCACCGAUUACAUAAAUAAAGGACGUUGCAAAAACGAAAUUACAACUUUUGUAGACGAUGGCAAUCUUGACGAAAUGCACAAACCACAAUUUAAUCAACAACAUCAACAAGGAAAUAACAAUUUCUUUUCGUCUUCGGAUGAUGAUUCGAAUUAUUACAGUCACAAAAUUUUCGAUCGAAAGAAAUCACGACGAUCUACGAUUUCUGAACAGUCCCGCUUUGAUGAAUUGUCUUGUAGUAGUCUGCAUAGUAGUGGAGAUGAACACUAUUCCGGAUUGGGACAUUCCAGUAAGGUUUCUGAGAAUUCGAUGAGCGGUGAUGAUGAUCAUGUGUGUCCGGAGUGUGGAAAGAAGUAUUCGACGUCAUCAAAUUUGGCUAGACAUCGUCAAACGCAUAGAUCGAUUUUAGACAAAAAAGCUAGAAGAUGCCCACAUUGUGAGAAAGUCUAUGUAUCGAUGCCAGCAUUUUCAAUGCACGUUCGAACUCAUAAUCAAGGUUGCGAGUGUCAAUACUGUGGAAAGUGUUUUUCUCGACCUUGGUUAUUGCAAGGUCACAUUAGAACUCAUACAGGUGAAAAACCAUUCAAAUGUACCGUUUGCACCAAAGCUUUCGCCGACAAGUCCAACCUUAGAGCCCACAUUCAAACCCAUUCGAAUACCAAACCACAUUCUUGUGCCCGUUGUGGCAAAUCCUUCGCCCUAAAAUCAUAUCUCUACAAACACGAGGAGUCCUCCUGUAUGAAAAAUCAUCCUCAAAAACCAGAAAAAGAUAAACCAAGUAAGACAACCAAAUUUGAAUCUUCAACCAAAUCCACUUUAGCAACGAAGAUACUUCAAAAAGAAGCUGCAGCAGCUGCAAAUAACAAUUGCAUGACUUUUCCACCAUUAGAAAUUAGUAUUGAGGAAAAGUCAGAAAAAUCAUAUACAACUUUGACAAAUUCCAUGACACAAGAAGAUUAUGAUCGUUUUAAGCGAAUUAGUGUUAUACGUCCUCCGCCAGUUGUUAAUAGUUCGAAUUAUGAUGGAACAACAACAAUUGCAGUAACUACGGCACCUCAAACUGUUAUGCAAAUGAAUUUUUAUCAAGAAACUCCAGUUGAUUUUUCACCAAAAAAUAAUUUUACACAUUCAACAAAGACAAGUCCUUUCGAAUUGACAGGUAAUUAUGCAAUUGUUGCAUAAUUAAUUUUUCUUUUAAUAGAUUUUAUUUUUUGUUAAGUUAAUUAUUAAAUUAGUUUUUUGUUAAGUUUUCUUCUU